GUGCGGGGCGGUGCGGACCCGCAGCCGCCGCCCGCCGCAGUCAGCGCGGCAAGGGGCAGUAGCGGCGGCCGCGGGUGCCCGAGCCCCUGCGGGCGUCGGAGCCGAGCAGCGCACCGCGAUACGAACGAAGAAAAUACUUCCUAUGAAGAAUAAAAGAACUUGAUGGAAGAACCCUUAAAGCACCUUUACCUUCUAAGCAGAAGAAAAUUAUGAAGGAACAAUCCAUCUGACUCCCUCAGCAUCUCACACAGGACUCACAAUGGCUCUUUGCAAAAAAACUGUUGGUAGUGUCUUGGAGGAGUGGUGUUUGAAGGAACCACUGUUUGGUUGCAAACGGCACCAGAAUGUUAGGAAAAAACUGAGACUGAUAAGGAUAAUAGGGCUUCUUGUCAGUGUAGUGGCCAUUAGUACUUUCUCUCUUUCAAUUAGUGCCUUUUUCAAGAUGGAAACACAUAGCAAGGUGUUGGAUAGCAGCCUAGCUAGCCAAAAGCUGGUGCAUGGUCACCAAAGAACUCUGUUGGAUUUCAUGGAACAGAAUGAAGGUGGCACUCCAGAUUCACCUACGUCUAUGAAACAUGAAGCUGAACAUGACAAUGCAACAGAAGAGCAUUCCAAGGGAGAGUACCCAGAGGACCUUUUCUCUCUCGAAGAACGAAGAAAGGGUGCAGUGAUACUGCAUAUUAUUGGAAUGAUUUACAUGUUCAUAGCCUUAGCCAUAGUCUGUGAUGAGUUCUUUGUUCCUUCCUUGACUGUCAUCACUGAAAAGCUGAGCAUAUCCGAUGAUGUGGCAGGGGCAACCUUCAUGGCAGCUGGUGGCUCGGCCCCAGAACUCUUCACUUCUUUAAUAGGAGUGUUUAUAUCCCACAGCAAUGUCGGCAUUGGGACAAUAGUGGGAUCUGCUGUGUUUAAUAUCCUGUUCGUGAUUGGAAUGUGUGCUUUAUUUUCUAGAGAAAUCUUGAAUCUUACUUGGUGGCCACUCUUUCGAGAUGUGUCCUUUUACAUCGUUGACUUGAUCUUGCUAAUCAUCUUUUUUCUGGAUAACUUAAUCAUGUGGUGGGAAAGCUUAACGCUCCUGACAGCAUACUUUUGCUAUGUGACUUUCAUGAAGUUCAAUGUUCAAGUGGAAGAAUGGGUGAAAAAAAUUUUAAACAGGAACAAGGUUGAGAAGGCUACAACAGGAGACGCUGAAGGAAAGUCACCUACUUCUGGCGACAAGGAUGACCAAACACUGACGACCAAGCCACGGCUCCAGCGGGGAGGAAGCUCUGCAUCUCUCCACAACAGUCUGAUGAGGAACAGCAUCUUCCAGCUCAUGAUUCACACACUUGACCCACUUGCAGAAGAGCUUGGAUCAUAUGGAAACCUAAAAUAUUAUGACACAAUGACUGAAGAAGGAAAAUUCAAGGAGAGGGCCUCAAUUCUGCAUAAGAUCGCCAAAAAGAAGUGCCAGGUAGAAGACAGUGAAAGGCAGAAUGGAGCUGCUAAUCAUGAGAAAGGUGCAAAAGUGGAAGUUGCAGUAACACCACCAAGCGAUUCAGGACCAGUGCAGAAUGGAAUUGCCCAUAAUGUUGAUGAGGAGAAUGAAGAGGACGAGGACCAGCCACUCAGCCUGGCCUGGCCUGACACCCCACGCAAGCAGCUCACCUACCUUCUUGUACUGCCUAUUGUUUUCCCUUUGUGGGUUUCACUCCCGGAUGUCAGAAAUCCUAGGUCAAGAAAAUUUUUUCCUAUCACGUUUUUUGGUUCAAUCAGUUGGAUUGCAUUUUUUUCUUACUUGAUGGUCUGGUGGGCACAUCAGGUUGGAGAAACCAUUGGUAUUAGUGAAGAAAUCAUGGGCCUGACUAUUUUAGCUGCUGGCACAUCCAUUCCUGACCUUAUUACCAGUGUUAUUGUAGCACGCAAAGGUCUGGGGGACAUGGCUGUAUCCAGUUCUGUUGGAAGCAACAUAUUUGACAUCACAGUGGGCCUUCCUCUCCCAUGGCUCCUGUAUGCUGUGAUUAACAACUUUUCUCCGGUGACUGUCAGCAGCAAUGGUCUGUUCUGUGCGAUCGUCCUCCUCUUCAUCAUGCUGCUCUUUGUCAUCCUCUCCAUCGCUUUCUGCAAGUGGAGGAUGAACAAGUUCCUGGGCUUUCUCAUGUUUGGGCUUUAUUUUGUGUUCCUGAUUGUCAGCGUCCUCCUGGAGGACAAAGUGAUCCAGUGUCCUGUCUCCAUCUAGUGGAAAGUGCUGAUUCUUGAGAAACAAAGUUAUAGAUGUUUAUUUAUUCAGUAUAUAUAUAUCAAAAUGAAAUGGAAAAAAAAAAAAAAAAAGGAAAAAAAAAAAAAAAAAAAAAAAAAAAGCCGUGAUGGAAAAAACUGUAAGCCUCCUACCCUUCAGUUUUAAAAGAGAGAAAGAAAGAAAAUGAUAGAAAGAGAGGAACUUGGAGUAAAGACUGAUUGCUGCAAAGCAGUGCGCUCGCACGUGGAGCUGUGCCGAGGUGUUCUUCGCUGGCUGCAGAGCAACCUCGCCACUCAGCACUGGGGAUGCUGCACACGCACUGAGAGGGUGAAAGCUACUCUUUCUCUAAUGCCUAUGGUACACGUCCACAGACUUCUUUCUCUCUGUCAUAGAACACACAGAUAUACGGAGUGCUCAUUUCUUUAAGCUAUAAUCUUCUAAAGGGGAAUGCUAAUUCUGACUUUGGGGAGGCACCACCUCCCACACAUCAUGGUAUGGGAUUUAUCUGUUGAUCUCCUGAUGCUGCUGAGUGGAAAGCGUUUGCUGAGUGCAUGAGUUGCAGGAAGGGAAGAUCUUGCAUGUCUCUUCAUUGAAGUGGACUAACAUGUUGUGAUUUCAGCAGAGCCAGGGAGUUACCAGUGAUUUGAUCCUCUGCAUCACGGGACUACAACGGCCAUCAGCAGGAUGUCAGUGAUGAUUUAUUACAUCUUGCAAAGCUCUUCAGACUGCUGAAACCCCAGUGCUAGCGCUGAAGGGACUGUGUUUGCUGGCCAAUAUGUGACUGAUGCAGAUUUUCACUCUACUCACAGGCAAGGCCUGUCCGGGGAUUUCUGUCUGGGGAUUUGUUGUUUUCUCUGAUACCAAUGCAGCAUGCAAAGAGAUGAUACAACUGAUAUGUGAACACAGCAUUUUUUUCUAAUGCAGCAAUACUACCAACAGUACCAAUGGCUUUCAGAUGCUGUUACCAUGAUGAGUUUGCCUUUGUUGCCAGAAGUAAAAGGCUAAUUUGCUUAUGCGUAGUAUUUCAUACAGAAAAUAUAGUUAUAAAAUGGCAGCCUACUUGCUGAGGUGGAUAUAUGCUUUACAAGCUAUCUUUUUCCAUUACUUGAAGUAUAAAGACCUUCACAGCUACAGAUAGUCAUUGUUGGAAGAAAUACUCAGCUGCUGUACAGAGCUGAGGCAGUUCAUUUUGCUCAUAAAAUCCUUAUACUAGGUAUGAAAAAAUAGUUUAAAUGUAGUGGAACUGCAGGAAACCUACAUGAAAAUUCUUCAUUAUUGCUGAAAGUGUGAAUGUCCAAAGAAGCCUGGGAAGGAGUGAAAAUGCAACAUUCUUUUACUGAAAUCCUGAGAGGAGAGGAGAAUGUCCAAAGCUAGAACAAAAUAUAUAAUCAUAAUAACAAUAGGGAGAGAGAAAGCUAUGCAGUGUUCAUGUUUCCUGGAUGAUUAAAAAAUGGGAGAACUGGAACAGGUGUUAAGAAAUUAUUUCAGAUAAUCAGCGUUUGCUUCUUCAAGGCUUCCUUUGCAGUUAGAGUUCAUGAAAUUUCAGUAUAUAUCUGUGACCUGUUUCAGCAUUGUUCUGUAUUCGUAUUGUGCUCACAAUGACAUUGUAAUGCUCGCAGCUGUGUAACAGAAGGCUCAGCACAUUUUGUCUCGUCUGUUUUUCUGAUGCUGUCAUCAUGCUUUCCUGCCUGUUUUCCUUGCUGUUUGCUUUUCACUCAUCCCCUUGUUGUUACUGUAUUCCUAUUACAUGUGUUUGUAUAUAACAGUAGCUGGCUUGAGUAAGUCCAAGAGUAAGGACUUGAGAGAACACAAUGGUGGAGAAAACAGUAAGAAAUACACAUUAAAAACUAUUGAAAUAUUAAUAUUGUGAGAUAUUAUGAAAAAAAAGUGAAAUACUAUUGAGCAAAAGCAAGAAAACUAGGAAUUACAAUGUCUGUUCCUCAUGUCUUAUUCUAAGAUAUUAAGUCCUAGUUAAAGAAUUGCAUUCAGAAGCAGCAUUGGAUCUUUAGCAUACACUUGCAACAUCUCUUGCUUCUUAGUGCACUUUGGUGCAAGCUUUUCUCUCAUUGGGAGCAAAGAACUAUAUUUAAAAUCCUAUGUUGCUCCAGAAUCCUCACCUAUAUUAACCGUAGUGCUACGGUCCUCUUAACAUUUGUUUCUGUGUAUGUGUGUACGCAAGGGAAAGAUUGGUGCAGACAUCCUUACAGUGUCCUCUGCUGAAAAGAGCAGCAGUUCUGCAAAAGCAAAUCUGUGACCCAAAUUCUGAGCUCAAAUGGAGCCAGUGUCCCAAGAAGCAAAGCUGACUGCAGUAUAGCCUGCCCCAGGAGAACCACAAAAUGCUUUCUGUUUCUGAUGACCGUGCUCAAGGCAGCCUUUUGUGUGACGCAAGUGAUUCUUUACCAGGUGAGCAGAGUAAGGCAGUAUGACCUAUGAGAGGGUGUGCAGGAUUGAGAUGGGUCUGUGCAGUGUACGUGGCCACUUACAAUAUACAGAAUACUCAGAUUCAGUGGUUUACAUUUUAAAGCAAGAAACAAAGAAAGACCAAGAGUCUGAUCUAUGUUCCGUGUAUUACUCUGUUGUGUUUUUUUGUUUGUUUGUUUUUUUCUUCUGCACAUACACGGGCAUUGCAGUGUAAUCCAUGGAAUGAAAAGGAAAAACCCCUACUGGGAGCUGUACGAGCACACUGAUGUGCUCUGCAAAACUCAGGCAGCAACAGCGGAGUGCUGCCCCACUAAGGGCAGGCAGGGAGUAAGGAGUAAGGUUUGAAAGCCCUGUGCACUGCGAGCAUAUAAUUCCAAAGAUGGCAUGAUUACAGACUGGAGGUAUAACUGUGUGUGGCUAAGGCUGCUGUUCUAUAAUGGCAUUCAUGCACUGUUAAAAUAACUGACCUAUUUCUUUCCUGGAGGACACUGUCUUUGUCUGCUUGCCCCUAUCAACACAUUUAUCUUGGAAGGUAUUGGAAGUAAUUUUCUUCCCCUUGGGAAGGAGACAGCUCACAGCUCUCACUGCCUUGCAUCUGCUGGGCUGGUCGUUAUUCAAGCAGCAGGAUAACUGCUGCCAUGGCAGCUCAGCUCCAGGGAUAGAGGGGAUUUCAGGUCUGCAAUGCUUCCAUGAGAGUCUGGCUCUGAAAGACACUUGUAUAAUUGCUGGAACAAACUUGCAGGAUAACUGUGUGAUCUUUGGUUAUAAAGCAGUAGCUGUUCUGGUAGGGUAAACAGAGUGAGAAGGGAGACCCCUCUUCCCAUACAGGAGGAAUUUGUAAGCUAUGGAAGUGAGGAGCUGAACAAGAAGCUGAGAGCUGCUGUAGCAGUCACUGUAUGCCCAGAGCAUGCCAGUUGCUAGGACACCCGUGUUUCAUAGUGAGAGCAGAUAGUUUAACUUCUCCCUUUUCUCUCGGGCAUCACUGUUUUCCCAACAGAAGGUGUUUCCCACUGUCCAUAACCAUUUCACUCUUGGAUGUGUGAACAUUUCUCAGCGUUGUACACCUAGAAAUCAAAUUGCUGUUUUCAAUCAGAAAAAGGUCUUGAAAGACUUUAUUAGAGAACUGGUUCCUCAGACUGCCUGAAUCCUGCAUUGCAUUACUACACAUGGAAGUCUGAUGAUCAUGCACUCAUAUGCCUGAGCUUAUUCAGCCAAUGUUGAAAAUCUUUUGAGGCAUAAAAGUAUUAUCAAUAUCAAAAUUGGCAUUAAAAUAAAAAUCUUGUUAUUUCUUAGUGUUUUCUGGCCAGCCCCACAUUGGCAGCACAGUAAGGUAAGCAUACCCAAUAAGGCUUCAGGUUGAGUAGUCAAUUCUCCAUGCCAUCAUUACACUUGCACACAGUUGGUGUUGGACAUUAUUUUUGGAAGGGAUUUCCAGUAACAUUCAAGUAAGGUCACGAAUCCGAUUAUAACCUGUUGUGUGCAUUUUUAGCACUGACUUCAUUGGAAUUAAAGAAGAGAAUGCAAAAUGCCAUUAAAGUCCUGUGAGAAUGUGCUGUUUUACAUACACCUGCAGAAAAAGAAAAAAAAAAAAAGAAAAAAAAAAAGCCAGCUUCCAUUGGCAGAAGAUACUGUUCUAGAACCAUUAGGGUAGAUACUAUAGAAGUGUGGUAAGAAAUGUUACCUGAAGAUGGUGUCUUAAGAGCUACAUAUAGGCAUGGAAAAGUCUUUCAGCAAAUGCCUGGGCAUUUUUUAGUUGUCAGUUUUACUGAUAGGUAGUGCUUUUGUGUAGUGCAGACAGGCUCUCAGUGCCUGUAUGCCUAUGCCUAUUUAUUCAGUAGAUGCUGGUGUCUGAGUAAUCCUCAUGAAACAUGAAGCACAGUGAGUGACAAAGAAACUUAUCUAACUGUCAUUUGAUGUUUGUACUGGCAAUGAACCUGCCGUGUGAUUUCCAUUUAUGCUACUCUGAAGUAGUUUACGAUAAUUGUCACUCAUGGUACCAUUGUGUGUGGAUAUGAAGGUCCAUAAAGAGGUAGAUUAAAUGUGUGGUUAAUCCAAGUACUAUAAGAAAUAGAUACUUAGAAAUAUUUGUACCUUUUGGGCGUUUUUUAAGGGAUUAUUUCUCUGGUUGUCUUUCAUUUCUUUACAUAUUUUGGGAAAGAGCAGAAAUACAUUUUUUUAAUGAUUCUCCUCUCAGUAGUAAUUCCUGAAGAUAGCAUCUUAGGAUCCAUAUAAUUUGUGUUCUGAAUCAAAUAUGAGUCUGUAUCAAAGGGGUUUAUUUAACCUAUAACAAAGAAAUAAUCCCUUGGCCAACAAUCAGCCCAUUGAAAUCCAGACGAUUUCUGCCAGUUACAGACAGGUUUUUAUCCUAGGAUCCUGCAUUUCAUAAAUGCAUCCUACAACACACUGAUUUGUCCUGGGAGCUGUAUUAAAGGAGAAAAAAAGGCGUUCCCUUUGUUCUUGGAAACCAUUAUAUACCUCUUCUAAAUAACAAUGACACAACUAACUGAGAAAGAGGCAUGGUUAGUUCCUCUGAGCAGGUUAUUCUUGUUUUCCUGAAAAGUUUGAUGCACUUCUUGCAUCAAAUUGUAGCAGAAGAUACAUCAGCAGAAGGCGAUUUCCACGUUUCCGAAUGUGAUAGUCUGCACUGAGAUGUGUGGAGCAGAGUCCAGCGGAUAUGGGCUUCACUCCUGGGUGAUGCCAAGAUUACUUCUUGAAUCUCUUGCUAUUCAUGAGGAUAUCAUUAUUGAGAUAUUAGUCAUUUCUUUUUGGGCUGGGUAGAUUAACUUCCAGUCUGAAGUUAUUGCACCAUCAGAUAAAGAAGUCAUAUAUGGAUCACAGUCCCAUAGUCCAGACGAGUAAUGUGGACCCGCUGUGCGUUGCUAAUUGUCAGGGACAGGGCACAGGCUCUUGUCUGUUGCUCGUGGAUGUGGGUUUUCAUUUCAUCCAGGCAUCACCUGGAUUUGUGCAGGCAGCUCAUGCUUUCUCACGCCGGUGAGCCAGCCUGGCUGGACAUAAGCCAUCUCUUCUCCAGAAGCCAUGUAGUCACCUGAGCCCUUGUUCCUGGUCAGCCAGAUAUGAGUCAGCCCCAGCCUAGAAGCCAUGUAACCAUUUACAGCACGUGUAGAAGAGAUGCGCAGCUGGGCACUCAUUCCCAAAUGAGCCAUAAGUGGCCAAAGACAAGACUGAGUAAGAAAUGAUGUCAGUAGAAAAUGGUAAGUGAACUUUACAUUCAUGUAGAUUAAUUGCAAAUUCACCCCUCAUCAAACACAAAACCAACCUAAACGGUGAAAAUUGUAUGCGUUUUUAAAGAUCUUGCACUUUACUACAUUUUUUUUACUUUUAUUUUAUGUCACAUAGUUGUCUUAACGCAAAGAGAAGCCAUAAGAGCCCAGAAGACUAGCUUUGGGUUUCUAAAUAAGGGGAUAACGAAUUUUAAAGUGAAGAAUCCAUUUCGCAUCUUUGUUUAAGGUAUGAUGUAAAAUACCAUCAAACAAAUGUACAGUAAAGCAGGAUCUGGUUUUGCCUUAGUGGAGCUGUGAGUAAGUCAGAGGGCGUUUGCUCAUACUCUUGAGAUUCCCUGUGAGACUGUACAAAAUGCUGCACACUGCCUUUGCAGCAGGAGCUCAGUCCUGCCAUGCGUGUUCACCCCAGAAGAAGGAAUACAAUGCUCGCAGAGUCAGGCCCAAGGACGCAAUUAAAUCCUCCUGUUACUCCAACACAUUGUCUCACCAAGACCACUGUAAAGGAAGGCCCCCAUAAUUUAGAAAGUGCAUAUAAUCCAGGUAAUUCCUGUCACAUCUUUUCUAGAAGAAAAAAAAAAGGUAAGUAUUUUAUGGUCGGGCUAUCCAACACCAAUCAAACACUUCUUUUAAUCCCCUGUCAAAAUCAGGUAGUGUCAAAAGGAAUUUGUUUGGCUUUGUGUUCAUUUCCAUUACCAAGAUCUCUGUUACGCAGUCCUAAUUUUGCAGUCCUGACUCUGGGGAAUUGAUUCCCGUGAGUGGGAAUUAUUUCUGUCAUUAGAGGUGGCAAGAUCAGGCCUCUGUGUUGUCAUGUGAAAGUAACUGUAGCAUGCUAUAACUGACAAUCAAAUGCUAUUUUUGUAAUACAGAUUUUUUAGCUUGAUUGUUUCAAUUUGUAGUUUUCAUACUUUUCCAUCUCUCAUUUUCACCUUAUUGUGAUAAAAACCUGAUAUCCCCCAUCUUACUCGUUUCAAACAUAAAAAAAUACCACCAUGGAAGAUGGUCCAAGCAAGCCCCAGAAAAUUCCAGUUUUUCUCUUAUGUUUAUGUGUAUGGAUCAUUACUCACUAUAUGAAAUUCGCUUAUUUCUGAAUCAUUGUAUUCUCCGUGAUUAUAAGUUUGUACAUAGUAUGAAAGUUAUAUUUAUUUGUACAUAGGCUCUGGGAAAUAAUCCCUUUUAUCAACGGUCCUACUUCACUGCAUCUACAGAAUGUUUCACUGUGUUGUGUACACUUUUUCCACAUAAAUAUGUGAAACUUAUGAUAUUGAUACAGCUUUUCAUCUAAAUCACUUUAAGUAAUUAAGUUGUUUAAGUGUGAAUAACAAUAACAACAAUAAAUAAUAAUAUAAAAACA